AUGCCUGUCGGCCACGCUUUACCACUUACUUUCUAUGCCAAACUCCAAAAAAUCCUGCGGCGCAACGCUAACAGCACUAGAGAAAUUCUACGGUCUCGGCCAUGGAGACAUUUCCCGCCCAACGCCCAAGUACAGACCGAUCUGAAUCUUGGAACAGAACUUGAUACUAUUGAUCUAGACUUUGAUGUCGAUGACGAAUGCGACGACUGUGGCUUGGUCAAUCUGAGUUCCUCGACACCUCUCAAGAUAAUGACAAUACCUGAUACUGCCCCUGCUCAACGACAUCUGAGGAACAUUAUCCAAUAUCCUGCCGGGGAUGGACGAGAGGAAGGAUCUUCAACUCAAAUACAGGCCCAUAGUGCUCAGGUAUCUCUAUCUUGUGACGCUAUGGACUCCCCUCCUCUCUGGGAGGAAUUCGAACAACCCUACUCCGGUUCGCCGGAGGAAGCAUAG